GUGUUUCUGUGCAAAUCCUUCACUUCUGGACAAAGAUUCUGGGAAUGACGCCGGUCUUGGCAACGUCGGAUAGCAAUGUGGCCGUCGACAACAUUUGCGAGGGCCUCCGUAGUCGGGGAGUCAAGGCGGUUCGUGUGGGCCGGCCCGAGAAAGUGCGAAGCGUCAUCGAAGACAUGACCUUGGAGGCUGAGGUGAAGCGCCUGAAGGAGCAGGAGGCUGCAGACAGAUCCGGCAAAGGCGAUGCCGACGGGAACUUGGAGGCACCAGGGCAGAGAGGCCUGGUGGGAGGUAAAGGCAAGGCUGGAGGCAAGUUUGGCGGAAAGUCCGGCAUGAAAGGAGGUGAAGACGUCGGAGAGGCAGUUGCGCGACACUUCGAAGACCGCCGGGCGCAGAAUCGCCAGGACUUCGAGCUUCAGAUGAAGAUCCUCCGGGAGGCAGACGUGAUUUGCACCACCACGAUUGCCGCAGGCAUGGACUUCUUGGCACGCCUCUCCUCCUUCGAGGGCAUCCUCGUCGAUGAAGUCGCGCAGAACGACAUCCAAGCGGCUGUCGAAGUCGAUUGCGGCAGCGGAUGGGUCGUUCUUUACCCAAAGCAGAGGCUUCAAAUCGCAGGAAGCGCAGAAUCACUCUGGAUGCGACUCCGAGAGGAUUACACCAUCACGUCCCAUGUCUAUAUCCAUGCCGAAGCAGGGCUCUUCAGCAGCGAGAUGUGCACAUCAGAGCUGGGGCCCUUCAACAUCCAAGCUGAACGAUGGCUGGAACGGGAGAAGAUGUCAGUCGCUUUGGCUGAAGCGCAGGCACUCCUCAGAAAGGUGCGCGACAAGAGUCUGACAACCCAUGACCUUGAAAAAUCCCAGAAGGUUUGCCAGAGGCGUUUAUUGAUUUUCUUACUGCUCUACAUGGUGUUGACACUUGCUCUUUCAGGGCUCACGAUGCAUUUUGCGCCAGAGCUGACCCUGAAAGGAUGGGUUGCCUUCUGUUCCGUGACAGCAGUGUUUACGUGGACUAUGAGGCAUAUCAAUAAGCCUCUCGUGCACCUCGAGAAGAGGUAUGGUACGGGCGCAAGUCUUGUACUCAUGUGGUCUUCAUUCUUGUUUUUUCUUCUUGGGCCAUAUGUGCUCCUUAUAGGCCGCAUUUGCCAAGACAUACAACACGACUUUUGGGAGUGUAUGAUGGCGGUUGCCGACAUCACGGACUUCAUCCCGCUUUGCAUUCUCCCCGUCGGUCUGACCAUCCACUGGUUCGUAAGGAAGUUCCACGGAAAGCUGGCGGUUCAAUUGUACCCCGAUUUGCUGGAACGACAUGUUGCUCAACGUGCACUCGAAAACUGCAUCGUCUUUCACGGCCGAGUGCUUGAAGGCAUGGGCAGGGGAUGUGUGUGUUCAUGGCCGGGGAAGUAUGCACCGGCAUGGGAUGCAAUGGUUCGCAGCAGCAAGAAAGGGAACACAAGCGCCGCUGUGGUCUUUUUGCCAGAGGGUAGCCAGCUUUUUGGCCUCCACGACUCAAUCCCCGACGAUGAUGACCUGAAGGACUUGACAGGUAGCUGGGUGAUCGUGGAGCAAAGCGCUUGCUGGUGCGUCCCGCUGUACGGAGAGAGAAAGCCCUGGGGGUGCAAGUGGUGGACAAAGUGGAUCGCCAAUGUCGAGGAGGCCGUGAGGCAAGGCGCCAAACUCGAAGUUUACUUCUUUGCAAACUCCAAGGGAAAAGGCAAAGCCCAGAGUUUCGGCACGUGCGGAUCGGAGCACCUCCGGCGGGAGGCGCUGUGGCGCCGAAGGGAGUUUCAGAGCUCGGCGCUCUUCCAAGAUGCCUUGCGCUCAGGCCUGGAGGAGCUCUCCAAGGGGUACAGCCGGGAGAAGGACCGUCUUUUCCUCGACUGGCUCCCCCCGGAUGACAGGCAGUUUCUUCGAGACUCACAGGGUUUGGGCGAAUCACAGAAGGCAGAGGUAGCAUGGCUUGAGAGGAAGGGGUACCCAUAUGAAGAGGUUGAUGUUAAGAAGUGGCUAUAUAUGUAG